AUGGCUGAUGUACGCGCCUUACUACGAAACGAGCUUGCUUCGCGUGCACACACUGUUGGUAAAUCUGGAAACAAAAGAAAGCUUGAUUCAAACCCACCAGAUAUACGCAAAAAGCUGAAACCCACGGAGCAUGCAGAACUAUUGAAAUCCGAAGCAACCGCACGAUACCAGUUGUCCCAUUCGCCUGAGGCUCACUCAUUAAAUACCAUAUCACCGCCGUCACAAGCCGAGACAGACUCUGCGCCCCCCGCAGAGGCAGCUACAUCUAAUUAUUUGCCGCUAGCGUCACAAUCGAUUGACGAGGACGAAUGGGCGGCUUUUGAACGAGACGUCGCUGCACCUACGAGAACAAAGCCCCCAGCAACACUAGCAUUACAAUCAAACGCAGUUAUAUCUGCCGCCCCAGUAUCUGCAGCUGAACUGGCAGAGCGCGAACAAGAAGAACGUGAUUCCAACAAAAAGGCCCGAGAGGCGGAACUAAAUGGCGAGCGUGAUGAGGCAACGCGAUCUCUCGAAGAAGAGUUCGACGAAAUGGAGCAACUGGAUGAACGAGUGAAACGCUUAAAGGAGAAACGCGAGGAGAUACUUAAACAAAAGCAUGAAAGACUAUCAAGAAUUUCCAUUAAUUCGGAAAAACCCGAUUUGAAUAAAAGGACUGGUAGUGCAUUGGAGAAUGAUGAUGAACCGGUCAACAGGGAAGAAGAUGACCUCGGGGAGGAUGAUGAUGAUGAUGAUGAUUGGGAUUGGCGCUUCAGAUGA